AUGCUGGGCCAGGAGAGCGACUUCGUUCUGUGUCUGAGCUUUCGCCACUUCGAGGGCCUCUCCGAAGCCUUUGGCGGAGCCUGGCGGCAGACGGGUCUGCCGUCCGCCGCGCCAGGCCUCAGCGGCGACUACGUCCGAUCCGAUCAGCUCUAUGGGGAUCGUCCGGUGGCACCAGAAGUUGGAGCCAAGGGGCUGAGUGUACUGGCUCGGAGUCCAGUUGGCUGGGAUGAGGUCCUUUGGUCCGCCGAUGUUUUGCACAAAGAUCUGGGACCUUGGCAAGUACGUACCUUGGAGCCGGAGAUCAAUGUCUUCCAGAGCAAGCAUGAGAUGGACGAGGACGCGCACUUCGAAGACUGUGACGCCUUGGAGGUGGUGAGUUUGGAAGAUCGAUGUCCUGCAAGGACCGUGUCCUUUUAUCAAGGCUCAGAAGCUGGAGUGCAGGCGGUUGCUGAGCAUCCAUUGGCCGGCGACUUCAGGUUGCUCCGGCAAAGAUAUGGGAAGCGGCCAGUCUAUCGGCGAGCUCCGCUGCAACCUUGCGGUCCCAGGCCGAGCUUGCCUUCGCAGCCUGGACUCUUCCUCUUUUUCGAACCUCGCUCCGGAUAUUGGGUGGUCAGCACAAUCUCUCCACUCGCAGCAAACCAUGCCGUUGCGUCUGCCGGACCAGAUGUGCUAGGGCGUUUCGGUCAGGUCCUGGCGAGAAGCGGUCCAAGUUGGACACCGUUGCUUCCACAGGAUGCGAUGGACUGGGAGGCGGCCGACAGCCAGGUCCCUGGCUUUCAUCACCGGCUCGCCCCUUCGAGAGCGCCUCCAAGUGCUUUACUCUCGGAGCAGCUCGUGGCAACAAAAUGGCUUAGACUCAUGGCGCUGGGGUUCGAUGCCCCACCCUUCUUCCUAUGCAUUGGUGGCUGUGGAAGCAGGGUACAGUCGCUGAAUGGCUCCUAUGAGUUGCUUCCAGAGUCCAUGUGGGCAUCAAGGCCAGCCUGGAAGAAAAUGCGACGAGAGCACGGUGACGAAGAGGAGGACUUCCCCAAGUAUCUUUUCUUUUGGCCGGAGACUGGACAUUGGAUCAUAGGGCCAGAACUUCAUUCUGCUUACACAGGACUGGCUCGCAAUGGCCCUGGCCGCUGGGCAGCCUAUUCCCCCGACCAUUGCCCCGGACGUUGGGCAGCGUUAAAUGGAAGCACCUUCUCUGAAGACCCAAAGAUUUUCUGUCGCAGACAGAAAACUGCCUGGGGAAAUUUGGAUACAUUCGGCCUUUCCAGCAGCCUGUCUCCCUGUCAAAGUCUUGGCCCAAGGGUGAAGGCAAUGCCGCUGUCACCUCGCGCUUGCAGGAGUGCCAUCUUCCAACCCGAGGCGGUCACUUCCAAAGCCUCAAUCCCAGCAGCGGGUAGUCCGUUGCCAAAGAGUGGAGGGAUCACCGGGUUCAUGUCAGCUGACAUCUGCACACCGAGAUUCGGCCUCAGGAGCAGCGGAUCUCCGAGGUCACCCAGAGAUUGUCAUAGUCCGUGCACAAAGUCUGCACAGCGAGAAGUGAGCCCUUCAAGGAACCUAAGUCCAGUUCGCACGCGGGGCAUUUGUUGGCGGCCGUGA